UGAGCGCGAGACUAACCCUUUUCCGGGGCGCUUUGCAUUCUCUCACUGUGUGUGGGUAUACAGCGUGUACGCAGCUGUGCUCUCUUGCGGAGUGUGUUUUUUUCACCAUCCUCCGGUGGAGGGGGCCCGUGCCACCGAAUACAGCAUGUAGGACCUGGAUCACCUCGGUGUCUCGAGACGCGUUCCCCCGGGAUCAAACGGAAAAACGGAAUAUAUUACCCAUUGUUUAUGGACUAUUAUUAACGGACGCCAACAGGGAUAUAACGUGGGAUUUUAACAGCUGGAUAAGGGAGGGGAGAGGGGGUUUGUCCUCGGUAAAUGAGCGGAGAGGAAGCUUCCAUUUUGAGAGAAUCAUGGCGAGCGACUCCCCGGCCCGGAGUCUGGAUGAGAUAGACCUGUCAGCACUACGGGACCCAGCUGGUAUAUUUGAACUAGUGGAGUUGGUGGGAAAUGGAACCUACGGUCAGGUCUACAAGGGUCGCCAUGUCAAAACUGGCCAGCUUGCCGCUAUCAAAGUUAUGGACGUCACUGGCGAUGAGGAGGAGGAGAUUAAAGCAGAGAUCAACAUGUUGAAGAAGUACAGCCAUCAUCGGAACAUUGCUACCUAUUACGGUGCCUUCGUCAAGAAGAAUCCUCCUGGCAUCGACGACCAGCUAUGGUUGGUGAUGGAGUUCUGUGGGGCAGGCUCGGUGACAGAUCUGAUUAAGAACACCAAGGGGAACUCUCUGAAGGAGGAGUGGACUGCCUACAUCUGCCGAGAGAUCCUCAGGGGUCUGACCCAUCUCCACCAACACAAGGUCAUCCACAGAGACAUCAAGGGUCAGAACGUCCUGCUGACAGAGAACGCAGAGGUCAAACUGGUGGACUUUGGAGUGAGUGCCCAGUUGGACCGUACGGUGGGGAGGAGGAACACGUUUAUAGGGACGCCAUAUUGGAUGGCUCCUGAAGUCAUCGCCUGCGACGAGAACCCUGAGGCCACCUACGACUUCAAGAGUGACCUGUGGUCUCUGGGUAUUACGGCUAUAGAGAUGGCAGAAGGAGCACCGCCACUGUGUGACAUGCACCCAAUGAGAGCUCUCUUCCUCAUCCCCAGAAACCCCGCCCCCAGACUCAAGUCUAAGAAGUGGUCUAAGAAGUUUCAGUCGUUCAUUGAGAGUUGCUUGGUGAAGAGUCAUGGUCAGAGACCCAGCACAGAACAGCUGUUGAAGCACCCCUUCAUCAGAGAGCUGCCUAACGAACGACAAGUCCGCAUCCAACUGAAGGACCAUAUCGACAGAACCAAGAAGAAACGUGGAGAGAGGGAUGAAACAGAGUAUGAGUACAGUGGCAGUGAGGAAGAGGAGGAGGAACGGGACAUGGGGGAGCCAAGCUCCAUCAUCAAUGUCCCUGGAGAGUCGACGUUAAGGCGGGACUUCCUGCGGCUGCAGCUGGCCAAUAAGGAGCGUUCUGAGGCUCUGCGGAGGCAGCAGUUGGAGCAACAGCAGAACGAGGAACACAAACGUCUCCUGUUGGCAGAGCGACAGAAACGCAUAGAGGAGCAGAAAGAGCAGAGGAGGAGACUGGAGGAGCAACAGCGUAGGGAGCGUGAGAUGAGGAAGCAACAGGAGAGAGAACAGAGGAGACGCUAUGAAGAGAUGGAACAACUACGGAGAGAUGAGGAGAGGAGGCACGCAGAGAGAGAACAGGUACACACACAGGAGUAUAUCCGUAGGCAGUUGGAGGAGGAGCAAAGACAGCUGGAGAUUCUACAGCAACAACUACUCCAGGAGCAGGCUCUAUUGAUGGAGUACAAGCGUAAGCAGAUGGAGGAGCAGCAUCAGGCUGAGCGUCUCCAGAGACAGCUGCAGCAGGAGAGAGCCUACCUGGUGUCCUUACAGCAGCAGCAGCAGCAGGAGCCACGGCCACAAGACAAGAAACAGCUGUAUCACUACAAAGACACAGCCCCUAAUAACGACAAACCUGCCUGGGCCAAGGAGGUGGAGGAGCGUUCCAAGCUGAACAGACAGAGUUCUCCAGGUCUGCAUCAUAAAGUGUCCAACCGUAUUUCCGACCCAUCCCUGCCUCCCCGAUCCGAGUCCUUCAGCAGCGGGGGCAUUCAGCAGGCCCGAACACCACCCAUGCACCGCUCUACAGAACCACAGAUGGCCCACCUGGUACAGGUGAAGUCCCAUGGUCUGUCUGGGUCCCAGUCUCUCCAUGACCCUGCAGGGGUCACAGGCUUGUCGCCCUCCCCGUCCCCCUCCCCCGGCCGCCCCCCCAUGCCCCGCCAGAACUCUGACCCAACCUCAGACACCCCUUCUCCUAUUCCUCUCUCCCGCCUCGCUCCCCCACUCGACAAACUGGACCGCAACUCCUGGCUACGAACGGACCUAGACCUACCUCCUAAGGUGCCCCAGAGGACUACGUCCAUCUCUCCAGCCCUGGUCAGGAAGCACUCUCCUGGGAGUGGACCUGGGGGCCUUGCUCCUAGAGCUGGAUCACACCUGAUACGGGCCAGUAACCCAGACCUGCGGAGGACUGAUGUCUCCAUGGAAACACCCCUGAAGAGGACAAGCAGCAGCAGCUCAUCCAGCUCCUCCCAGGGUGGAAGCAACGAGAGAGGGGCGGAGGGGUCUAUGGCGCCGCCCCAGGAGACCAAAGAAGAGAACAGAGAUGUGACACUGACACGACCUAGCAGGCCCGCAAGCUAUAAGAGAGCUGUAGAUGAGGACCUGACGGCUCUGGCCAAGGAGCUGAGGGAGCUGCGCCAGGGGGAGGAACCUAACCGCCCGCCCGUCAAGGUGACGGACUACUCCUCGUCCAGUGAUGAGUCACAGAGCGACGAGGACGGAGAGGAGGGAGGGGGAAGAAGUAACGACGGCUCUGUGUCUGUCAGCGACAUCCCACGCAUCAUGCCGGCUGCAGGGCAGAGUGGAGGUGAGUCGUACGGUGUGAUGGGAGGACAUGAUGAUUCCCACGGCAACAGUUCCCAAGACAGCUCCCUGAUGAUGAGAGAGACCUAUGGGGACAGGAGGCGGAGCUCCGCUCUCGCUGACAGCAACGGUUUCUUCGGCAACGCCAAUCUGCCCGAUCUGGUGCAGCAAAGCCCUUCCCCCCUGGUCUCCCCUGGCAAUGGCUCUGGGCGCAGCCACUCCGAAUACGGCAUGGGCAGUGGCUCCAAGUCCUCCUCCUUCACGCCAUUCGUUGAUCCACGAGUCUACGGAACCUCCCCCACUGAGGAUGAUGAUGAUGAUGAAAACUCUGCGUCCGCCCACUUUGCGAACGAGCUGCUGCUUCAGGAGCAGGCUAGACUGAACGAGGCCAGAAAGAUCAGCGUGGUCAACGUGAACCCGACCAACAUACGACCUCACAGCGACACGCCUGAGAUACGCAAAUACAAGAAACGCUUCAACUCUGAGAUACUGUGUGCUGCUCUCUGGGGUGUGAACCUGCUGGUGGGGACAGAGAACGGUCUGAUGUUGCUGGACCGUAGUGGUCAGGGGAAGGUCUAUAACCUGAUCAACCGCCGACGCUUCCAACAGAUGGAUGUUCUGGAGGGCCUCAACGUCCUAGUCACCAUAUCAGGGAAGAAGAAUAAGUUGCGUGUGUACUACCUGUCCUGGCUGAGGAACAGGAUAUUACACAACGACCCCGAGGUGGAGAAGAAGCAGGGCUGGGUCACUGUAGGAGAGCUGGAGGGCUGUGUGCACUACAAAGUUGUGAAGUAUGAGAGGAUCAAGUUUCUGGUCAUCGCUCUGAAGAACUCAGUGGAGAUCUUUGCCUGGGCACCCAAACCCUACCACAAGUUCAUGGCUUUCAAGUCGUUCACUGACCUGCAGCACCACCCCCAGCUGGUUGACCUGACGGUGGAGGAGGGUCAGAGGUUAAAGGUUAUCUAUGGCUCCAGCGUCGGGUUCCAUGUCAUUGAUGUCGACUCUGGCAACCCUUAUGACAUCUACAUUCCCUCCCACAUUCAGAGUCAGGUGACGCCCCAUGCCAUCGUGGUGCUGCCGCGGACCGACGGGAUGGAGAUGCUGCUGUGUUACGAGGACGAGGGCGUCUAUGUCAACACCUACGGACGCAUCACUAAAGACGUGGUGCUGCAGUGGGGAGAGAUGCCUACAUCUGUUGCCUACAUCCACUCCAACCAGAUCAUGGGCUGGGGAGAGAAGGCCAUUGAGAUCCGCUCCGUGGAGACGGGACACCUCGACGGAGUUUUCAUGCACAAGCGAGCUCAGCGACUGAAGUUCCUGUCGGAGAGGAACGACAAGGUGUUUUUCGCCUCUGUGCGUUCCGGCGGCAGCAGCCAAGUCUUCUUCAUGACCCUGAACCGGAGCUCUAUGAUGAACUGGUAACCCUGGCAAACCCUCCUCCUUACUUCUUCCCUCCAUACUGUACAUACCUAACCAGAGGUCAGGGUGGAGGGAUGAAGAGAGAGAACUGAGACAGACGAGUGAACACAGAGCGGCUGGCGGCUCAGCAGCGACGGGAGGAGAGAAACAGUCUCCCAUCCAGGCAGACAUCUGCAGUAGCAACCUACAACCACAAGAGGAACCAGAGAGGAACAGCAACUCCAGAUCACGCUCAGACAACACUCUUUCUCUCUGUUGUCUUAGUUUCUCUCAGGCUUUGUGUGAGAUGGCCCCCUAUUUCCUACAUAGUGCAAUACUUUUGGUCAGAGUAGGCAUUUUGGACGUAGCCUCAGUGUUUAUCCCAGGUGUUUUUGUUUUUGGGAGGUAGUGACAGGAUGUGCUAGUGUAGUCUCCCUAAUGGGGUCAGGGGUCAGCGACUAAGGGUAUUGUCAUGACCCCUGACCUUUGUGUAUAUAUGGUGGGGGUGAGUGUAGAUUCCUGACUGCUGGAGCAGUUUAAAAAAUAUAAAUAUUGUCACCAAUGGUCACCAAAAAAAUGAUACUCUUGGCAUAGAUGCCAUUCUUGUUCUAGUUCACUUGUGCUCCCCACUUUCUCUGCGAAUGUUCUAUUUGACAGUCAAUCUAUUUGCCGUAUUUCUAUCGUUACGCAUUUGUAAAUGCCACAUUCUAUGAUAUGAAACAGACCUGCUUUCCUAUCGGACACUCUUCCACUGAGACAGAACAACAGAGGACAGACAAAAGGAAGACAGAAGAUGAUGAGAGACCGAGAGCAGUCUGAGUUUGUUUAGUUUAUCUUCCUCCUGAAUUUCAGCCUGUUUUGGUGGGAGUUUUGGCCUUCCAUGGUGACAUCACUAUUUUUGUAAAUUAGUUAGACCAAUAAGAAAGAGUUCCAAUCCUUUCUGCCAAUAGCAGCUCAUUUUGUUUCCCCCUUACCACUCCCAGACAGUACUAGCAAAAUUCUUCCUUAAGAAAUGUUUAUUUUUACCAUUUUAAUAGAAAACAAUCACAGGUACUUAAUUGUUACCCAGAAAUGAUUUGAUAUGGAGAUAAAAAUGGCUGCAUGGAACAGACGUAUGGCUUGGUUAAUGGUCAGACUUCUUCCUACACACCACCUCUUUUCUCCAGCUCUUCCCCUGUCUCCUUUGGUUCACCUGCUUCUGUACAUGGUGCGUAGUGACACAUCUGUCUCUGUUGGUUCACCUGCUUCUGUACAUGUGCAUAGUGACACCUAUACUGCUCGUCAUCAUCAAUCCUGACUUCUAAACUAAGGCAAUACACAGGUCUAACUGGAGAGAUGCGAGGUUGGGACGAUUAACUUUCCAAAAUGAGACCCACCAUGUUAGCGUCAGUCAGCAGGACCUUACACUGGGGUCGUUUAAAUGUACUCAAACUAGCUUUAGACGUCCAGGUAGAAUGACCACACUAUGAAUCUCCACCAUUAAGUUGAAUCACGUGUAGUCUUCUAGGAUACAGUGUCUGACUCUGUAACAUAAGAUCUGCCAAGGUAGUUGGUGAAAGUGGACGAGGGUGUCUGUGUGUACUGAACCAAUGAUGAUGAUUGACUACUGAUGUGGCGUUGUAUGUAACACAGGGUAAUAGGCAUGAGCCUACUCCAUCCACUAAUCGCUUACCUCUUCAGUCGUCAUAGAUCUGAAAGGACUGGAUAAAUAUGUGUGACCGACCGGUGUAUGAACCUGGGUCGGCAGACCUCUUGCUUUUUCCUAUCUAGUCCUGUCAGAUCUGUGAAUACUGCAGGAGUAUAGGUUAGAGAGAAGGGGUUGAUUCCAAGAAACCGUAGGAGAAAUAUGAUUAAGCAUUUCAUUAUAUCUGACUGAUCAUUUAGAAAAAGACAGCCAUCAUGUUCAUACUAUAAGGCUUUCUACAGAAUAGAGAAAAUGGUUUAAGGGAUUUCUAAAAAUGUUUUUAUCGUGGUAUAAUUUGUAUUUAAAUAUUUUGUAAGUAUCAGAGUAUGUGUGUGCAUAUGAGACUUGUCUUCCCUGCUAACAGUACAGGAUUAAACUCUGCCACUGUUAAGACCGUCUGUGCGUUGAGUGACUGUGUGCUUUCAUCUCAUCUGAAUCACUGGGACAAUAACCCCGCCCCCAGACUGGUACUCCACUCCACUAUGUGAUGUUGAAACGUAACUGUCCUUCCUUGUACAGACAUGAUUACAGAGACGUCCUCUACUGCUUUACUUUACUGUCUGGAUGUCUUCUGAAAUCUAAAAUGCACAGCAGCACCAUCACACACUGUCGGCCAAGUAAUUCCCUCCCUGCCAACUUUGUCUCCCAUCUUGAGCUCCCUAACACACACAUUAUUCUAUCAGAGGUGCCGGUACUCAAGCUGUAGCAAAUGAGAAGAGCCUGAUCUCUGUACCAGUACCGGUCAGCACCAGCCCACUUCAACCACUGGUCUGAGAGCAGUUCUCCAGUGUUCUGUUCUGGUUGUCUGCAUGUAAAAGUGUGGGGAGAGCAGAUCAGGACUGACUGCAGUAAGGCCUUCUCAUAGCUUCUUUAGACUUUUUUGGGCCUCAAAGCUCACAUCACAAAUAUUUGUUUUUCAAUUAGUGAAAACAUUGAUAAGGGAACACAAUGUUAGGCUGGUAUGUGGACACUGGAUCCUAGUGUCCUUACAGUUUAGUAAUAAAGAGAACUAACUACUGACUUAAUGUUCUGACACCGAGACACAGAGGGAGGUAGUGUGUAUGGCUGAUGAGCUUGGAUACAUGUGAUUACUGAUGGUGAUUAAUGUGAUUCUGGAUGCUUUUUGUUUGGACUUUUCAAUGUAACCUACUGACACACACACUUCACGUUUCCAAAUGACAACAUGCAUUAAAGAUGUGCUGUGUGAAUGA